AAAUUUAAGACAACGAUGUCCAACCCGACAGCGAUCGGUAUUGAUCUAGGGACCACGUACUCGUGUGUGGGCGUCUUCCAGAACGGCAGGGUAGAGAUCAUCGCAAAUGACCAGGGUAACAGGACCACGCCUAGUUAUGUAGCAUUCACGGAUACAGAGAGAUUGAUCGGAGAUGCGGCAAAGAACCAAGUUGCUAUGAAUCCUCGAAACACAAUUUUCGACGCGAAGCGUCUGAUAGGGCGUCGGUUUGAUGAUACGGCUGUGCAGUCUGACAUGAAACACUGGUCAUUUACGGUCACCAACAACGGCGGCAAACCCAUGUUACAGGCGGAGUACAUGGGCGAGACCAAGCGCUUUGCUCCAGAAGAAAUCAGUUCUAUGGUCCUCACAAAAAUGCGUGAAACAGCUGAAGCUUACCUCGGUUACAAGAUCAACGACGCGGUUAUAACCGUCCCGGCUUACUUUAACGACUCGCAGCGCACCGCGACCAAAGACGCGGGUAAGAUCGCUGGGUUAAACGUCUUGCGUAUUAUCAACGAGCCCACCGCGGCCGCUCUAGCGUACGGCUUGGAUAAGAAGCUCCGCGGAGAGCAGAACGUUCUGAUUUUCGACCUAGGCGGUGGAACUUUCGAUGUUUCCAUCUUAACCAUUGAUGAGGGAAUCUUUGAAGUCAGGUCAACCGCAGGGGAUACACAUCUUGGAGGAGAGGACUUCGACAACCGAUUGGUGACUCAUCUUGUGGAAGAGUUCAAGCGGAAGAACAAGAAGGAUAUUCGCAGCAAUCCCCGUGCUUUGAGGCGGUUGCGUACCGCUGCGGAACGUGCAAAGCGUACACUUUCCAGUAGUACCCAGGCAAGUAUUGAGGUGGAUUCCCUCUAUGAAGGCAUUGAUUUCUACACCAGUGUGACCAGGGCCAGGUUUGAAGAACUCUGCUCGGAUCAGUUCAGAAAGAGUCUUGAGCCCGUCGAACGCGCCAUUGUGGACGCCAAACUCGAUAAAAACCAGAUCGACACCGUGGUUCUGGUUGGUGGCUCCACGCGUAUCCCCAAGAUCCAGAAACUCCUGCAGGAUUACCUGAACGGAAAGGAACUGAACAAGUCAAUCAAUCCAGACGAGGCCGUUGCCUAUGGUGCGGCAGUGCAGGCUGCCAUCCUUUCAGGGGAUCAGAGCUCAGAGGUAAAAGACGUUCUUUUGGUGGAUGUUGCCCCGUUGUCUCUCGGAAUUGAGACCGCUGGCGGUGUCAUGAACAAACUGAUUGAACGCAACACCCGCAUCCCAACAAAAGCCCAACAAACCUUCACAACCUACGCAGACAACCAAAGCGCGGUCAGCAUCCAGGUCUACGAAGGCGAACGCUCCAUGACCAAAGACAACAACCUCCUGGGCAACUUCGAACUGUCUGGAAUCCCUCCUGCACCUCGCGGUGUCCCAAAGAUCGAGAUCACCUACGACAUUGAUGCUAAUGGCAUCCUAAACGUCACAGCCAAGGACGAGAGCACUGGUCGUACCAACAAAAUCACCAUCAGCAAUGACAAGGGAAGGUUGUCCAAGGCAGAUAUUGACAGGAUGGUCAACGAUGCAGACAAAUACAAAGCUGAAGAUGAAGCACAAUUCGCUCGCGUUUCAGCUCGGAACCAACUAGAGAGCUACGCCUUCGGCAUGAAGUCUACAGUCAACGAUUCUGCGCUUGAAAGCAAGCUGUCUGCAGAGGACAAACAGACAAUCCUCAAGGCGGUGGAAGACACUAUCCAAUGGCUGGAAAGCAACUCGUUGGCCGAUAAGGAUGAGUUUAAGUUUAAGACGGAUGAGUUGCAAAAGAAGUGUUCACCCAUCAUGGCUAAGCUUCAUCAGGGAAGCGGAGGAGGAUCAGGACAGCAGCAGCCGGCUGGUGGACCACGAGUCGAAGAGGUCGAUUAAUGCUGGAGACUGAACUGAGUGUGGUCGUAAUAUCCAUUAAUUAGGACUGCGUCAAUUUGGUGACGUAUAACUGCGUCAUGGGCUCGUAUCGCGUCUUUGAUGCAUCAUGUCAGAUUGACAUAGUAAACAAAGUAAUUGCGAAAUGAACAGUGAAACGACCCUUUGAAGUACUGGCGCUUAUAGGGUCAUUGUACAGGGUUGAUCGUCAAUCAUUUCAAACUUGAUCAGAUCUCUCGGAAAAAAGUAUAAUAAACAUGAUCACAAUAUUUUAUGAAGAAAAAAAAAGGAUCAACGAUGAAUUCUUUGUUGGACAAUGAUUUUCCCAAAGUCUGUUUGCCAAGCAUGACAAAUGACAAAGUGAUGUGUAGAACUUGCUUUAAAUAUGUUAAUUAAUUUAUUGGUGAAAUAAAUAACUCUUUCAUUUCUUGGUAAAUGCUGGUGCACAUAAGACACUGAGCUGAUUUGUUUAAAGAGUCAUAUAUAUUGAUAUAUUUCCUUGUAUUAAAAAAAAAAAAUCCUAAUGUUUUGUAUUAUAG